AUGGCUCAGCCUUCUGCCCAGAGCCCCAGGAGACUGAUGGCCCUACAGUUGCUGCUGUGGCACAGUAUCCUCUGGGCAGGACAAGAGGCCGCUCCGCUAGUCUCUGUCACCUCUCUGCCACCACCCCUGCCUUUGCCCCGGAGCUUCCUGCUUAAGUCCUUGGAGCAAGUGAGGAAGAUUCAGGCUGGGAACUCGGUGCUGCUGGAGAAGCUGGUAAGUGGUAUGUGUUGUGCUACCUACAAGCUGUGCCACCCGGAGGAGCUGGUGCUGCUCGGCCACUCGCUGGGUAUCCCACAGGCUUCUCUGAGCCGCUGUUCCAGCCAGGUUCAGCAGCUGACAAAGUGCCUGAGCCAGCUCCACAGAGGACUCUUCCUCUACCAAGGCCUCCUUCAGGCCCUGGCAGGCAUUUCUCCUGAGUUGGCUCCCACCUUGGACACGCUGCAGCUGGAUGUUGCCAACUUUGCCACCACCAUCUGGCAGCAGAUGGAAAACCUGGGGGUGGCCCCUACGGCGCAGCCCACUCAGGGCACCAUGCCCACCUUCACCUCGGCCUUUCAGCGCCGGGCGGGAGGUGUCCUUGCCACUUCCCACCUGCAGAGAUUCCUGGAGACAGCUCACUGUGCUCUGAACCACCUGGUCCAGCCCUGA